GGGAAGAAUUGCCCAGAACCACCUUCUAAAUCGUUAAACAACGAACCAGAUGUUUGGCAUUUAUCCAAUUUUUGUGCGGGCUUGAUGAAAGCAGUUGUUGGUAACUUAGAUUUUGAAACCAAACAGGAACUCUUCGAGGUCAUCUUAGCACCUUCUCAAAGUGGCGUUCCCGGUCAUAUGUGGAAUAAUAGCGUAUUUUUACUAAUUUUCUUUGGCCUUUUGCUCAUCGGUAUCAUCUUGUUAGCUAUUUUUAUCUAUAGGCUUGUAACAAAAUGGACUAAAUACAGAAGAAGGAUGAAAAGAAAACCAAGAACACUUCUAGGCACUGCCUUUGUGCUAAUUUUGGGCGUGGUGUCUUCAGGCUGUCUAAUUGGAAUAAUCUUCAGAUGGUCUGCCCAUUUCAAAAAUGCUACACAAAUGCGAGAAGCUUUGUUAGCACAUUCGGCUGAUAGCUCAUAUUUUGCUGCAUACUCGGCAGCAAUGUCAUGCAGUACAUCUGUAGCUAAAGAAACUUCAUUGUCAAUGUUCAAAAAGCAGUAUGGUUCUCUUGGUGCUGCUCUUGACAACUACACAGAGGUUUUAGAGGUGUUGCAACUUUCAAGAAAUUACCUUGAUAGAUUAGUAAAUCUAGUAGAAAAAUGCAAAGUAAAAGGAUCGGGCGACUUACAGGAAUUGGACUCAGCAGAAGAGGAAGCUUGA